GAAACAUCUCUCGUGUUAUAUACACGCACGCGGCAGCUGUGCCCUCCUAAUCUAUGGAAACAGGGGCCGCUGACACCAGGCCGGCGUCGUUGUCUGCCUGCGCCGCCAGCUGUGACGACGCCGGCGUUGUUGCGUUCGAUAGCAGCGGCAAUAACAGCAACAGCAAGAAUAAAGCAAGCUGCUGUCGGAGCAGGAAGCGGCCUUGGGUAGCAGCGGCGGCGGCGAGCUAUUGCCUGCUAGCGGCGUUGGUGGGGAUGUCGGGGAGCUCGGAGACGCCCAUGGGCGUUGUGGCGGCCUCGCAGCAGCAGCAGCACCCGGUCGCUGCCAUGGCUCGGGAUCUGUUCCACCCGCUCGCGAGGGAGCGGAGGCUGGCGAGGAAGGCGGCGGCGGAGCAAGUCCUCAUCCCGGAGACGGACAUCACCAACUCGCGAGUUCGGGUGUGGGUUGUUACGACGGCAAGCCUUCCGUGGAUGACGGGGACGUCCAUCAACCCCCUCCUGAGGGCAGCCUUUCUGGCGCGCGGCAGGGACGCGGACAUGGUGACCCUUAUGCUGCCGUUCCUCUCGCUCGACGACCAGCCUAAGGCGAGUGUUCCCACCGGGGGUGACCUUCGAUACGCCGGAGGAGCAAGAGGUUUGGGUGCGGAACUGGCUAGAGGAUGCCGGAUUGGCACGGGAAUCGGAGCGCUUGCGGCUGAGAAUGUGUUCUAUCCCGGGCGAUACCAUAAAGACUACGGGAGCAUCUUCCCCAUGGGAGACCUGACACUCAUGAUCCCGCCAGAGGAAGCCGACAUCUGCAUUCUAGAGGAGCCGGAACACCUCAACUGGUACCGUGCACCUGGUCGGUCGUGGCGGCGGGCGUUUAAGCACGUCGUCGGAGUCGUGCACACGAACUACCUGGCGUACUCCUCGGGUUACUCCGUUUGGGGCCCCGUGUUGACGUUCAUGCUGCGGUACAUGAACAUCAUCAUGGCACGCGCGUACUGCCACAAGAUCAUCAAGCUUAGCGGCGUGAUCCAGAGCCUCGCCCCCGAGAAGGAGACGGUGUGCAACGUACACGGUGUACGCCAGAAGUUCCUGGACGUGGGCCAGGAGUACGCCCACAAGCCGCGAACGCGAGGUGCCUACUUCAUCGGGAAGAGCCUUUGGGCCAAGGGCUACGACCGGCUGAUCGGCCUACUGGAGUACAACAACAAGCGCCUGGGACGGGCGUUUCACAUGGACGUGUACGGGAGCGGUCCGGACCGGGAGGCGAUCGAGGCCAAGUCGUGUGAGAAGGGGUGUGACAUUACCUUCUUCCCGGCGACCGACCACUCGGAAUUGGGGGACUACAGCGUCUUCAUCAACCCCUCGGUUAGUGAGGUCCUGUGCACAACGGUGGCAGAGGCCCUGGCCAUGGGCAAGUGGGUCGUCUGCGCACGGCACAGCUCGAACGAAUUCUUCUUCCAGUUCCCCAACUGCCUUCCGUUUGACUCCGAGGAGGACUUUGCCGCCUGCGUCAGCUGGGCGCUCCGGCACGAUCCUGAGGACCUCACCCCCGCUCUUCGACACAAGCUCUCGUGGGCUGCGGCAACCGAGCGAUUAGCCGACGCCGCGGUGAUGAACGUCGGGGAGAGAAAACGACAGAAGCCGGUGGCGGACGGCUUCUUUACCGUCGCGCACGCCGCCGCCGGCUCAGGGCCGACGGGCGAUUUGUUCCGCCUAGUGGCGGGGGCCGACUCGGCGGCGUGGCAGAACAAAUGGGUCAACGAGCAACGUAGGCUGGAGAAGGAGGCGGAGCGUUCACAGCACGCGGAACAUGAGCAGCAGGUGGCGGCUAAGGAUGGCGUCGAAGACAGCGGAAGCAGCAGCAGCAGCAGCAGCAGCAGCAGCAGCAGCAGCAGCAACGGCAGCUCUAUUGACAUGGUCGCGAACGCUGCAGCCGUCGCGAGCGCGUAGCGUUGGCUCUCGGCUAGGCGUAGCUGAGCGUGUGGGCUAGACCCGCUGUGUUUUUCGCCGUCCUCCAGAGCACUGGCAGCAUUCCUUGAAGCCGGGCGACAACCUCUGUUGUUUUGGAUAUUUUCAUGUCAUAGCCCCACCCGCAUCAUUGCGAUUCUGCGUCUCCCCGCUUCACUGAGGCCGGGCGGGAACUAAAUAAAGCAAUGUGAACGAGAGGACCAUGUAGUAAAAAGGGAGCCACUGGAGCCAACUUGGACUAUAGAACCAUAUCUUUUGUGUGUGCCGUGGCCGGGUAGUCAGGGUUUCGUGGCGAGCAUCUGCUGUAGCUCCUCCACCAGUCGUGGGCGCGCAUGCGACGCGAGGGGGGAGGGGGGGGGGCAGGGGCAUUGCGAGGUUCCUGCUCAGAUCAACGUCGCGAAAUGUACCUGGUUGGGUGGUGCCGUUGGCCCUAACCUACCACAACGCGGAAUGAGCACAACGCCGGAAGGGGUGGGGUGCAGGAGCCAUGUUCGAGGGGGAUCCGCCGCUGUGCGUUCCGAUGAGAUCUCCGGAGGUGUCGCAAGGGCAAAAGGAUGUGGCGGCGCCUGCUACGCAGAGACGACGGUGUUGCUGCGUCAGUGCGGUCUGUGCUCGUUCCACGUGUUGCUCGAUGUUGAGUCUGUAGUCGUUCUGUAGUAUUUUACCGAGAUGUGGCAGCACGUCUGGUGUUCGAGUCUUGUUUUCUGCCUUUUGCAUUUUAUUUUCGCCGAUGAAACGCGUUUGCGGUACUUCUCGACAGGCAACCGCGACACGAUGGGGGGGGGCGAGUAGGCGUGCUUUUUCGUUCAUGGUCGCCGGUGCAGUUCGUAGGGUGCGAAGCUCCCGUCUUGUUUGGUCAUGGUCUCUAGCGGUCUUGCCAUUCACUUGGGGGUGGUGAGUGAGGAGGUGUGAAGACGUCGCGGUGUAUGUGUGUGUGCUGCUUCGGAUUGGUACCGACCGCCCUAGCAAUAUCUGUGUGUGACUGGUGUGCGUGUUUCGAUGCUUUUGUGUCGACCACGCUGUUUUUUCUGGCUCACAAAUGAACGGACGUCGGCAUGUAAGAAUACGCGAACACGCUUUCUAGUCAGCAGGCUCUUCCGGCAUAGGGCGUGUGCGUGUCCUGCGUGCAUGUGGUCGAUUGUGUGUUUCGUGUCUGUUUAGACCACAACACGUCCAGGUGGGGUUGGGACGCUGAUGUCGGAGACUGUAUUCUGUCGAGAGUGGGCGGUGUGUCCUGUGGCCCGUCGAAGACUUAAGGUCUGCAAAGCCUGUUUUCAAUGUGGCUUCUUUUUUUUUUUUCUGCAUCCCCAAAGGUCUGUUCUUGCGGUACCGGUCCGAUCAUAAGAAGACACGACCGUCGCUCUGUUGGGUCCGGCGAAGCUCAUCCAUGAUUUUAUUGGGUUUAGUUUUGGAUUCUCCGUGGAGUUCGAGAUCAUUUUGCCCUUUUUCUUGGGUCGUCAGUGCUGCCUCCUCAUGAUCAGACCGACGCUUCAACGUACGCAUUUAUUUUACACGUACGGUACUCGAUCCUCCCAUGUCUUUUCGUCGAAAGUACUUUUUAUAUCCGGCCCGCCCUCGCUCCGGUGGUCUAGUGGGUAGCUUCGCGAUCUGCUAAGGGCCACGCCAUGGGUUCGAGUCCCGACAGAGUGAGUUUUUUCUCGCUAAUUUAAUGCUGAUCUCCGUUGGAAGCGACGCG